AUGAACCAAGCCAGAUUUACGUCGUUGGCCUUUUUGGCAACCACUGCCAUCUUCCUCCUCCUUGCAGGCAAACCGGUGCAAGCCGACUUGUGCUCUAAAACAACUUUUGUUAAACUUUGCAGACCACUUUUGAAAGGAAUUAGGAGCCCAGCAUACGCCACUGAGGUCGCCACCAAGUCGUUGAUUAACGAGAUAGGACGAGCCCGCAAUGUCUUAGGCCGGAGCUUAACCCCCAAAACUGCCGAUAUGUGCAGAGAAAACUAUGAUAAUGCCAUCGACAGCCUUAAAAAAGCGCUGAAAUCUCUUAAGGUCCGCGACCUUUACAUCGUGAGUAUCAACCUUAGUGCUACACUUACUAAUAUUGUCACAUGCGAUGAUGCCAUUAAAGCGGCAAGCAAUCCUGUCAAGCGUAUCAACCUCAGGUUGCGAGGUCUGGCUAGUAAUUGCUUGGCAUUGGCAGAGAUGACGCCGAGUCACUGA